CAGCAGCAGCGGCAGCAGCCGCUGGACUAAUCGCCGAACAGCAUUGGGAGCAGUGGGGAGAUGCGCUCGUUGGAGGACAGCUGCUUUGUGAAGAUAGCGCAGAGCCCCGAGGUAUCGCUCAAUCCUCAACGGGUGGAAAGGGCUCUGUUCUCAAAGAAUGCAACGGAGCUCGUUAGAAGGUCCACGGAAAUUGGGGCGGCAGGAGGCAACGGGAAAGGAGCCAUGGACACGGUACGUCUGAGGCAGAAGAUCAUCACCAAGCUGGUCGAAGAAGGCAGAGGAAUGGCAGGGAGCUUUCCCGCACCGCCAGCGUUCCUGGACAAGAGCUUCACCUCGGUAUCCUUGGUCAACUCCAAGAUUGGGGAUUCCUUCAUCCGUGACACGCUUAGCAUGCGAUGUCCGAUGCUACGGAGCGUGGACCUCACAGCGUGCUUCUACAUCCGAGAUAGUGCCAUAGAAUCCCUGCUCAGCCGGUGCUCGCUGGUAGAGCGCCUGUCCCUUAGAAACUGCCGAAAAUUGACGGACCUCUCCCUGGAGCACUUGGUGAGACAUGGGAAGAAUAUAGCGGCUCUGGACAUCGGCGGGUGCUUCAACAUCACGGCCCCUGGGGUGGACGCUCUCUGCGGGUUGCACCCCAAUGCGCCUCGGUUUGCCGAGCUGGACAUUUCAGGGCUUAACGUGACAACGCACACCUUGGAGGUGAUCUGUCACCGCUGCCGGCAUCUUGAGGUCCUUCGAAUUGGCUUUAUCGAGUACAUGGAGGACACCUUGAAGGACACUCUUCCCCCCCUGCUGCCCAACCUUCGGUCGCUCCACGUGCACUGGAACACGUGCAUCACUGACGAGUUUCUGUCGUGGGCAUCCCAGGCGAUACCACGGCUACAGGAUCUGAACUUGUGCGGGUGCUCUAAGGUGUCGGUGGACGGGGUGUCGGACAUGAUUCACGAACGCCAGGAAGCCUUGGAGAAAGACGGCAACGCUGGCUUGAUAAGCGCCAUCGAGAAGGUCAACGUUAGGUACACGUCGCUGAGCAAGCAUGACAUCGAGGCGCUGCAGGCAGCGUACCAGGGAACCGAGAUUGUGUAUACCUGAUUUCGUAUACCGUUCCUAUUUAGUCGAUAUGUACUGUGCAUGUGGCGUUGUCAUUGUUUUGGUUGGGUUUAUUCCCGUGCGUAC